UGUAGCGCUGGUUGGCUGAUAGUUGUCACUUGUGUGCGCGCCUGCACCACAAUAAUUAAAGACCGCAGGGUUGUACCACUACAGUACACAUCCACCUAUCUACCUACCUACCUACCUGAGAAGAUGCGCAGAGGAAGCUGAUACGACCACCUUGAGAGAGAGGUUGCUCAAGGGGUUACCUCCACCUCAGACCAGCCUCCGAUGCCAUUAACCCAGGACAACGACUCUCAAGAGGGGAACUUUACAGCAACAGACCCCCCGUCAGACGGCACUGCCGGAGCUCCGGCCAAAAUGUGCAGCGAAUGUUACACCAACCAGACGUUUGUGUACGAUGAUGGGACUGCGCACGACCACACGCCCAGCUCCUCUCCGGAGCCCCCCCGGACCAGCAGCAGCUCCAGCGGGGUCCUCUUGGACAUCUCUGCCCUUAAGACGGAGGCGGAGACCGAGGUGCCCCCCCUGCAGCCACGCUUCCGCUUCCGAGACCUGCUGCUGGGAGACCUGAGCUCCCACAACGACGACAGGGUGCAGGUGGAGUUUUAUGUGAACGAAAACACCUUCAAGGAGAGACUGAAGCUCUUUUUCAUCAAGAACCAAAGAUCAAGUCUAAGGAUCCGAGUGUUUAACUUCUCCCUGAAGCUGCUGACCUGCCUCCUGUACAUCAUCAGAGUAAUGACAGACAACCCCUGUGCCAGCGGGGCCAACCUCCACCCAGGCCAGCGGGCCAACGGCACCAAUGGGAGUGUGAACUGCCAGUUGAACAGCUCCUCCCAGGACAACGAGAUCAACUGGGAGCUGAUCUUCUGGGUGGACCGGAAGGUUCCUGUGUGGGCCAUCCAGGUGAUUGUGGCCAUUAUCAGUUACCUGGAGGCCAUGUUACUGAUGUAUCUGAGCUACAAGGGGAACAUUUGGGAGCAGAUCUUCCAGGUGUCCUUCCUUCUAGAGAUGAUCAACACCGUCCCCUUCAUCAUGACAAUCUUCUGGCCUCCGAUAAGGAACAUCUUCAUUCCGGUGUUCCUCAACUGCUGGCUGGCCAAGUGCGCCCUGGAGAACAUGAUUAAUGAUUUCCACAGAGCCAUCCAGAGGACCAACUCAGCCAUGUUCAACCAGGUCCUCAUCCUGAUCUGCACCUUGCUCUGCCUCGUCUUCACUGGGACGUGUGGGAUCCAGCACCUGGAGAGAGCAGGGAAGAACCUUUCUCUCUUCAACGCCUUUUACUUCUGCAUCGUGACCUUCUCCACUGUGGGCUUCGGGGACGUGACGCCCCGCAUCUGGCCCUCGCAGCUGCUGGUGGUCAUCAUGAUCUGCGUGGCUCUGGUGGUUCUCCCUCUACAGUUUGAAGAGCUUAUCUACCUGUGGAUGGAGCGUCAGAAGUCUGGCGGGAACUACAGCCGCCACCGCGCCCAGACGGAGAAGCACGUGGUGCUGUGCGUGAGCACGCUGAAGAUCGACCUGCUCAUGGACUUCCUCAACGAGUUCUACGCUCACCCACGACUGCAGGACUACUACGUGGUGAUCCUGUGCCCCAGUGAGAUGGACCUCCCGGUGCGGCGAGUGCUCCAGAUCCCCCUGUGGUCCCAGAGGGUCAUCUAUCUGCAGGGCUCCGUCCUCAAAGACCAGGAUCUCAUGAGAGCCAAGAUGGAUGACGCAGAGGCUUGUUUUAUCCUGAGCAGUCGGAACGAGGUGGACCGCAUGGCUGCAGACCACCAGACCAUCCUCAGAGCCUGGGCGGUGAAGGACUUUGCUCCCAACUGCCCCCUCUAUGUCCAGAUCCUCAAACCAGAGAACAAGUUCCACGUCAAAUUUGCUGACCACGUGGUGUGUGAGGAGGAGUUCAAGUACGCCAUGUUGGCUCUGAACUGCGUGUGUCCGGCCACCUCCACCCUGGUCACCCUGCUGGUGCACACCUCCAGAGGACAAGAAGGUCAGCAGUCUCCCGAGCAGUGGCAGAGGAUGUACGGCUGUUGCUCCGGCAACGAGGUCUACCACAUCUGCCUGUGCGACAGCAAGUUCUUCGGGGAGUACGACGGGAAGAGCUUCACCUACGCGUCCUUCCACGCUCACAAGAAGUACGGCGUGUGUCUGAUCGGGGUGAAGCGCGAGGACAACAAGAGCAUCCUGCUGAACCCGGGCCCUCGCCACAUCAUGGCUGCCAACGACACCUGCUACUACAUCAACAUCACCAAGGAGGAGAACUCCGCCUUUAUCUUCAACCAGGAAGGAGCGGAGAAGAAGGGGCGGGGCUACGAUGGGCCGUCCCGCCUCCCCGUUCACAGCAUCAUAGCCAGCAUGGGUACGGUUGCCAUGGAUCUCCAAAACACCAGCCCGCCAGACUACUCGGGUGGGAAGUUGGCCCCUCCCACUAUAAACGGUGCAGGCAGUAGGCGUCCAAGCAUUGCUCCCGUCCUGGAGAUCGCCGACUCCUCCUCCAUCCUGCCAUGUGACCUGCUUAGUGACCAAUCAGAGGAUGACAGUACCUUCUCCGACGAGAAAGGAUCUUCCUCCACUGAGUAUGUGAAAGGAUAUCCCCCUAAUUCCCCGUACAUCGGGAGCUCCCCCACGCUCUGCCACCUGUUGGUACAGAAAGCUCCCUUCUGCUGCCUGCGGCUCGACCAGGGUUGCAGACACAACAGCUUUGAGGACGCUAAGGCGUACGGCUUUAAGAACAAGCUGAUCAUCGUGUCUGCAGAGACGGCAGGGAACGGCCUGUAUAACUUUGUGGUACCUCUCAGGGCCUACUACCGCCCCCGCAAGGAGCUCAACCCCAUCGUGCUGCUGCUGGACAACCCUCCAGACAACCACUUCCUGGAGGCCAUCUGCUGUUUCCCUAUGGUCUACUACAUGGCUGGAACCAUUGACAAUCUGGACAGCCUGCUGCAGUGUGGCAUCAUCUACGCUGACAACCUGGUGGUGGUGGACAAGGAGAGCACGAUGAGCGCAGAGGAGGACUACAUGGCCGACGCCAAGACCAUCGUCAAUGUUCAGACCAUGUUCAGACUGUUCCCCAGUCUCAGCAUCAUUACGGAGCUCACUCACCCUUCCAACAUGAGGUUCAUGCAGUUCCGGGCCAAGGACUGCUACUCCCUGGCUCUCUCCAAGCUGGAGAAGGUGAGGGGAAGGAUGACGAGGGGAGGAGGGGAGGAGGUGAUGAAGGAACGAGAUAAAGGUUCUAAUCUGGCCUUUAUGUUCCGGCUUCCCUUCGCUGCUGGGAGAGUCUUCAGCAUCAGCAUGUUGGAUACUCUGCUCUACCAGUCGUUUGUGAAAGAUUACAUGAUCCUCAUUGCCAGACUGCUGUUGGGCCUGGACACCACACCAGGGUCAGGAUACCUCUGCGCUAUGAAGGUGACGGAGGAGGACCUGUGGAUACGGACGUAUGGUAGACUGUUCCAGAAGCUCUGCUCCUCCAGCGCUGAGAUUCCCAUCGGCAUCUACCGCACCGAGUCUCAUAUCUUUCCCACCUCUGAGUCCCAGGUGUCAAUCAGCGUGGACGAGUGCGAGGACCCCAGGGAGAGGGGGGAGGAGUCCCGCAGCAGCGACCAAUCGGAGUAUCCGCUGCUGAGGAAGAAGAGCAUGCAGUGGGCGAGGCGCCUGAGCAAGAAGAGCGCGAGGCGCCCGGCGCCCGCAGGCCGCGACCCCAUCCGGGACCACGCCCAGCGCAUGGCCCAGCAGCGCCUCAGCCUGUACCGACGCUCAGAGAGGGAGGAGCUGUCGGAGCUGGUCCGGAACCGCAUGAGACACCUGGGCCUGCCCACAUCCGGAUACGAGGACGUCGCUAAUCUGACAGCCAGUGACGUGAUGAACCGAGUAAACCUGGGUUACCUACAAGACGAGCUAAACGAUCAACAGAACACACUCUCCUACGUGCUCAUCAAUCCCUCCCCUGACACCAGACUGGAGAUUAAUGAUGUUGUGUACCUGAUCCGAUCGGACCCCCUGGCCCACGUCCCAGGUGAGCCCCCCCUGCUGAGCAGCAGUGUGAGGGAGAGACAGGAGUCCAGCACAGGUUCCAGGGACGACACACAUCUCUGAUACCUGCCCUGGACCCCCUCGUCCCUGGGUAGAGACUCACCAAGCACUGGGUCCUGGACUGGUACCAUGGUGGACAGGUGGUUUUGUGCGGUUCUGGUCCUGCAGAGAUACUUGGGCACCCCCUGGUGCUGGUUUACCUAAGAGUGCCUAUGGAAGCCGGUACCAACCUGGUAACUUCAACCCAGACUAUGGACCUUAAUAAUACCAUACA